AUGGGAAGUGGAGUCUCCACCCUCUCCUCUUGCUUCAGAUCGGCCAACCGUACUCCCGACCAAAACGACGUCGUCUUCUCCGCCUCCGAGCAGCUCGACGAAACCCUAGGCCAUUCCUUCUGCUACGUCAGGUCCUCGGCUCGGUUUCUCUCGCCGACUCAGUCGGAUCGCUUUCUUUCCCCUUCCAACUCGCUCCGCUUCUCGCCGCCGCACGAGGCGGCGACCCGCGCCCGGGUCGGGUUGCACGAGACCGGGUUCAAGGCAAUCUCCGGCGCGUCCGUCAGUGCCAACAGCUCCACGCCGAGGACUGUGCUGCAGCUUGAUAAUAUUUACGACGAUGCCACUGAGAGUGUCCUCGGCGGCUUCGGCGGCGGAGUCAGGGGCAGUAUUGUCAAUGGUUUCGAGAGUACGUCGUCGUUUAGUGCUCUGCCGCUUCAGCCGGCGCCGCGUGGCGGCGAGCCGUCCGGGCCAAUGGAGCGGGGCGGGUUCUUUCUCUCGGGUCCGAUAGAGCGCGGCGCUCUCUCCGGUCCGCUUGAGUCCAACCCGCCCGGACCGGACGGGCAGGUCCACUUCUCGGCGCCGCUCGGCGGUCUUUACCCCAAGAAGCGGCGGAAGAAGGGCAUUUCCGGGAUCCGCAAGGCGUUUUACCGCAACUUCGAGAAGAAGCAACGGCCGUGGGUGGUCCCGGUGCUGAAUAACUUCGCCGGCCGGAAGGAGGGGCCGGCGGCGAACGGGGAGGAGCACGAGCAGCAGGGGAGGAGCAACGAGUGCAAUGUCCAGUGGGCUCUCGGCAAAGCCGGAGAGGACCGUGUACAUGUGGUGGUUUCGGAGGAGCAAGGGUGGCUGUUUGUUGGGAUUUAUGAUGGGUUUAACGGCCCCGAUGCGCCGGAGUUCUUGAUGGGGAAUCUUUACCGUGCGUUUUACAAUGAGCUUCAGGGCUUGUUUUGGGAGGUUGAUGAGGAGGAGGCUCAAGAUGCUGGUGGGGAGGCUAAAAUUGAUGGCGAGGUUUCAGAAGCUGGAAAUGUGUUGAAUUCAAAUCCCUCUCCGGUGGGGGAUAGGACAAAGAGAGUGACAUUUCAACCAGAGGGGAGGAGGAGGCGGCUGUGGGAGUUACUCCGCGAGGCUGAGGCUGAAGAGGGGCUUGACCUUUCAGGUUCAGAGAGGUUUGCGUUUUCUGUGGAUGAUGCGCUUACUGUCAGCAAUGCAGGUACGGCUGGUUCUGCAGAGAGUAGGAGGUGGCUUUUGUUGUCGAAAUUGAAACAGGGAUUGUCUAAGCAUAGGGAGGGCCAGGGUAAUGGUAAGAAGUUGUUUCCGUGGAGGUUUGGUUUGGAGGAUAAAGAGAAGGUUGAGGUUGAGAAUAGAGUGGAGGAGAGGUCUGCUCCACCUGGUAGGAAAAGGAAGGAGGGUCCGGUCGAUCAUGAAUUGGUGUUGAGGGCAUUGUCGAGGGCUUUACAUGUGACCGAGCUUGCUUAUUUGGAUAUGACAGAUAAGGUCAUUGAUACCAAUCCAGAGCUUGCUUUGAUGGGGUCGUGCUUGUUGGUUGUGCUAAUGAGGGAUGAGGAUGUGUAUGUAAUGAAUGUGGGGGAUAGUAGGGCAAUUGUUGCGCAUUAUGAGCCGGAGGAAGUUGGUUCAAGCAUGAACUCGGAGGGGCAGAAGGACAAUGGGUUGAGUGCUGAGGACAUAACUGAGGCAUCCUCAGCUGUGGGCGAUGAGGCUCCUACUCAAGCAAUGAGAUUGGCUGCAUUGCAGCUGUCCACUGAUCACAGCACGAGCAUUGAAGAAGAAGUGAUAAGAAUCAAGAAUGAGCACCCAGAUGACAAAAACUGUAUUCUCAAUGAUAGAGUGAAAGGUCGUCUUAAGGUCACUAGAGCAUUUGGGGCAGGCUUCCUGAAACAGCCCAAGUUCAAUGCUCCACUAUUGGAAAUGUUUCGGAAUGAGUACAUUGGUACUGCACCAUACAUCUCAUGUUUACCUUCUCUUCGCCACCACAGGCUCUGCCCUAGUGAUCAGUUUUUGAUUCUCUCAUCUGACGGUCUUUAUCAGUAUCUAACCAAUCAGGAAGUUGUUUCUCAUGUGGAGAAUUUCAUGGAGAAGUUUCCUGAGGGAGACCCUGCACAACACCUGAUAGAGGAGCUUCUUUUCCGUGCUGCAAAGAAAGCCGGAAUGGAUUUCCAUGAAUUAUUGGACAUCCCGCAAGGAGAUCGCAGGAAGUAUCAUGAUGAUGUUACUGUUAUGGUCAUAUCACUUGAAGGAAGAAUUUGGAAGUCAUCAGGAAAGUACCUUUGACAACAUUAAUCACAAGCAAGCAAUGCUCUCUAUACAAGCUCUAUUGCAAUUUCGAAUUUCAGCUAGAGAUAGUCUGCAAGCAAUAUGGAAAGCUUUGCUGCUGACCGUAGGCUCUGGGGGUCCAUUAGGUUUUGUUUUCUGUCUCACAGCAUAAGCAUACAACUAGUAGGGGAUGGUAAUGGCGAAAGGCUGAUGUUAGAUAUCAUCAUCAAAAUAGAUGCAAGAUAUUGGGUUCAGUGAUGAAAAUGAAAAUUUGCAGAUGGAGUAGUUGGGAAAUGCUCUUUUGGGGAAAAAAUGUUUUAUUUUUUCCCUUUUCUUUUUAGACUUCAAAGAACAGAAAAAUAGAAAAUUUGCAGAUAGGUGCAGGCUCUUUCCAUUUCAUCUGUGCCUUUUCUUUUGUAUCUUUUCUGGAGCCGAAAAUGUGUUUUGUAAAUUGGUGGGGGUACAGAAUUUACUUACUGAACUUUGAGCAUUCCCUUGUCAAUACCUGAGCAGCUGUAAUUUUGAAGGUGGGUUUUCCACCCAUUGCGGAUAUGAAGAGUUCGAAAUUUACC